GAUCACAGUGAAGCUAAAGUGAACGCACCUCUGAUGGCGAGAGUGUGGUAACAUCGAUCUGCUGUCCUUGCUGUUGAGCGCUCAUUGUUGGUCGGUGAGGGCAGCGUGAAUGCGAAGAUUCCAAGAAGCGGGACGCUAGGCGGGAGCGCGAGUGGAGCAGUCGAAUCGACGAGGCGGACAGAGGGGCAGGCAGUCCAAAGUCGAUUGACUGACCGGCACGACGUGGGCCGGUCCAAAGCCACUUUACUCGACUCCACUCCUUGACCACCAAUCCUCGACGUCACUGACCCCUCCUCGUCUGCGUAAUGGCAGCUCAGUCGAAGCCAAACAAGGGAGCCAGUGCCGUGGCAGGCAGCAGUGGCAAGGCCAAGGGCAAGAAGGCAACAACUUCGCAGCCUGGCCUCGCGCAAAUGGUCGUGGCUCAGGUCCUUACCCUUGACAAUGCCAAGACAGUCGUUUUCUGGUACAUUGUAUACCGGCUCUCCCUCCGAGCCUGGCGUCACCUCCGCAUAUACGGUGUGACAACGACCCUAUACCAAGGCUACGUCGAGCUCUCACGGCGAAUCCUCACCCUCCUCCUCAAAAUACCUGCAGCAAAGCGCAGGGUCAACAAGGAGCUGGACGCAGCCACAAAGGAUAUCGAAGGGAAGCUCAUCCCGCGCCCGACAGAUUUGAAUGUCAAUGAGCGGUUGCCGCCCUACGGCAAGGAUAAAGGAUGGAUUCGCGCUGAGCUGCAGAAGCUCCAUCGUCUUACUCCUUCGUCUACUACUGCGAGCAAGGAAGGUGCAGCCAACUCGGUCCAUACAGACCAAGAUGCUGGGAGUGCUGGCGAGAUAGCACACGCAGAAGCUGCCUGGCGUAACGGCAAAGUCUCUGGCGCAGUCUACCACGGCGGGCAAGAGCUCAGUGACCUCAUCGCCGAAGCCAUCAAGCUCUUCCUUGUCUCCAAUCCUCUCCACCCAGACCUCUUCUCAGGCGUACGCCGUAUGGAAGCGGAGAUCAUCUCCAUGUGUCUCCGCAUGUAUAAUGCCCCCUCCUCCGCCUGCGGAACCACCACGAGCGGAGGGACAGAGUCCAUUUUGAUGGCCUGCAAAGCCUACCGUGAUUGGGCGCGUAAAGAAAAGGGGAUCACAGAACCCGAGCUCAUCAUUCCGGAAUCAGCGCACGCCGCCUUCGACAAAGCCGGAGCCUACUUUGGCAUCAAGGUGCACCACGUACCCGUCGACCGCCACUCGCGCAAGGUCAUUGUGAGCUACGUAGCACGCGCCAUCAAUUCCAACACCAUCGCGCUCGUCGGCUCGGCGCCCAAUUUCCCCGACGGAGCGAUAGACGAUAUCCCCUCUCUCGCCUCGCUGGCCAAGAGACACAAGAUCGGCAUGCACGUCGAUGCCUGCUUGGGCUCCUUCCUUGUCCCAUUCCUCGAGCGUGCCGGGCUACCCUCCGAGCCUUUCGACUUCCGCGUUCAAGGCGUCACCUCCAUCAGCUGUGAUACGCACAAGUACGGCUUCGCGUGCAAGGGCUCUUCAGUAGUCAUGUACCGUGACCAAGCACUGCGCAGAUGUCAGUACUACGUGCAGCCAGACUGGUCAGGCGGGGUGUAUGCGUCCCCUACCAUUGCAGGCUCAAGACCCGGAGCACUCAUCGCGGGUACGUGGACGGCGAUGAUGUCCCUAGGGGAGGAUGGCUACACCAAAUCCUGCCAUGAAAUCGUGGGCGCGGCUCGUGCCAUCGAGCAGGGGAUCCGCGAUGAGAUCCCGGACUUGCAAGUGCUGGGCAAGCCUCUCGUCAGCGUAGUGGCCUUUGCUUCCUCCAACCCUUCGCGUCUGAGCAUCUACGAGGUCGGGGACCUAAUGUCGAAGCGUGGCUACCAUCUCAAUGGACUGGCUACCGACCCACCUGCGGUGCAUAUCGCCUGUACGACGCUUACGGUUCCGAUUGUGGAGGAACUGCUUCGGGAUUUGAAGGAGUGUGUAGCAGAGGCGGGGAGAAGUAGUAAGGGACCGAAGGGGUCAAUGGCACAACUGUAUGGCUUGGGAAGUAGCUCGGCUGUUGGACCCGCGUUGGUUACGGAGUUGGCGACGAGGUUUAUCGAUACGUUGACGAAGAUGUAAAUGGGCGGGGCCAGGAAGGAGUACGGGUUGCGGACAUUGCAGCGACGAUUCUAUUUGGUUCGUAUGAGCACGGUUUGCAUUCUUUAAUGACUACGACG